GCGAGCUCUGGAAGCAAGCAAAGCAGGAAAGAGAGAGAGAGAGAGAGGAGCGCUGUUAUUUCUUCUUCUUCUGUUUCCUCUCCUGGGACAGGUUUUGCGUGGUUAUUUAUCCGUGGAGGUGUGUUUAUUUGGUGUCUGAGAGACUCUUGAGGAAAACCCUCCCGUGUGGACCGGGCUGGACUGGGCUGGGCUGGGUGUCUUUCUGACAGAAUUCACUCUGGACCAGACCAGACAGAAACAGCCUCUGUCCAUACACGGAUACACUGCAAUGCUGCUAGAAUCAGAUUAGAGUGGCCAAAUGAGCUGAAAGGAGACCGUUCCAAAGAGCUGGGCAGAAAAAACACAGACGGAGAAGGAGAAAGAAGGACUGAGAGAGAGAGAGAAAGAGAGAGAGAGAGAGAGACUCUCCAUCUGUACCCCCAAUCACGCCAUGACCAGGGACUGAACUGGCCGAGCUGCUACCCUGUUAUUUGUGGUGUGUGAGCGCGAGACGAACAUGGACGUUAAGCGGAAGGACAUGGCCCUCCUGAGCAACAGCAUCGCCGCGUACGCUCACAUCAAAGCGAACCCGGAGAGCUUCGGGCUGUACUUCGUGAUGGGCGUGUGCUUCGGCCUGGUGCUGACGCUGUGCCUGCUGGUCAUCCGCAUCUCCUGCAAGCCGCGUAUCGCCACGGGAACCGCCACCGCGCCCGAGAAGAAGCACCUGAAGAGCUUCAGCGAGGAGGAGGAGGAGGAGGACUUCAGCGAGGAGGACGAGGACGAAGAGGACGAGGCGGAGCCGCCGCCGGUGAGCCCCGCCACCGAGGUGCCCGUGGGGAACCACAGCCAAUCGGACGGCGCGCUGAGCGUGAACGUCUUCACCUCCGCCGAGGAGCUGGAGCGGGCCCAGAGGCUGGAGGAGCGCGAGAGGAUCAUACGGGAGAUCUGGAGGAACGGCCAGCCCGACAUCCUGGGCACGGGCACCGGGACCAUCGGGAGGGUCCACUACUACUGACCCCCCCCUCUCCUCGACCCCUCUCCCCCUCUCCUCGUCCCCUGACCUCCGAACUCUGACCCCCACCCCCCCCAGUGUUCACCGACCACAUCAGGUGCUCCACCACAGAGUCGUCGAGAUAUCAUGAUGCGGGCAUCAUCUUGUGUACAGACCUCCUGCUUCCUGCUCUCUCCCGCCCCCUGCAGGCAAACUGGGGUUACUGCAGCGGGGGAGCCCUGAGAAUGCAGAACAUUACGGAUGGGGGACCCUCUCAGUGACAGUGGCUGAUGGUGAUACCGAAUGGUCUUUCUGAUUUCAUCCAAAACUUUGCCCCAAGUGGUGGCGUAUGGUAGGGAUCAGCUCACGGUUCUCAAGGGCCGAGAACAGCUGGUUUUCCGCCCUCCCUUUACCUGGGAGUCAGGUGUGAAGACAGUGUGACCAAUCAGUAGUACUAACUACCCAGGAGAAACGAAAACCAGGGCUGGACUUGGAUUUGAGGGUCAGAGUUGAUGAUCCCUGGCAUAUAUUAUCAGGGAAAAGACGUUUUUUCCUCGAGGUCCAAGGGGAUUUCAGUAAGUUUGGAGUUGUGCACCAUGCAGAACACAUAAUUCCUUAAUUCCAGCUGACUAUAGUGAUCCACAACAUGGAGAUUCUCAGGCCACCUUCGGUGAUCCUGGAUCCAAGGUCUGAAAUUCGGGAAUGUGCCUUAAGAGUGUUUUUUUCAGCCAUCAGCCAUCUGUCUGACCAUCAUGUGAUCUUGAUCUGAUGAUGCUAUCGAUGAAGACCGAGCCUUUUGUUGUUGUUGCCAUAAUUAUCGUUUUGUUGUACGCUUGAAUCAGAGUUAAAUUUGACAUUCAUCUAUGUGGCCUUUGCUUUGAGUCAGAAAUCUUGGGAUACAAUUGUUAAAACACAUGAGCAUCUGACAACCAAAACUAUAAACAGUCUAUAUUUGUGCAAUAAGAGCUGUUCUACUUGUACUUUGAGAAAGAAUAUAUAUUCAUUAUUGUAUUUUUUGUACUUUAUAGAUUUUAAAUUGCACAUGUUGUAUUGUUACACUAUCCAUUUCUGAACCAUUCUUUUUUUUCUUUUAUAAAACUGGCAAAAGUGUUGGGAACACAUUCUAGAUUCCUUAGAGAUGGAAGGCGCCAUUUUUAAUACUUGUUUAAUGUUUAAGGUUUAAUGAAGAGGCAAGCAAGGAAAGAUUGAUCAACGACAGACUUAUUGCAAUUACAACAGUGUUGUUGACAGUAGCCAUAGAAUGAGAAAUCCUAGCCGUGGUAAAGUGAGGUUUCACGAAGGCAAUCAUAGGUGGAGCUACAAUGUGUUGUCAACUGUUUUCUUCUCUGAAACAAAAGAAGUCAACAGCAAAAGACUUGAUUUAGAGGAAAAGAUUAGUUUACAUCUGUGAGCACACGUUAGCUCAUCCACUUUGGGGGUUUGUGAAGACGAUCAGGCACUCUUGGAUUUGGUCAGAUGCGCUUUUACGGUAUUCUCUAGCUUGUGAGUUUGUUGUUUUUGAGCAGGAGGGUGAGAGAGAGAGAGACAUCGCAGAGAGAGUGGUCCAGUGAGGAACUCUGGUCUCAGGGAAAUGGGAGUUCUCCUCUCCUCUGCUUUCAGUGGCACCGGUCCAGCGGGCUCCAGCUGGGCCCAGCUCGGGACCAGCACAUUCCAGCCACUCUUUGCUCGAGUUUGUUCCAACAACGUUAAACAAAAUAAAUAAAUAAAAUAAAAUUAGGAUCUUCAAUUUCCCUUUUGGAUGGCGGUCAAACAGGCCCCUUAUUCUUGGAGAGUUCGCAAGAGAGAAAGAAAAUAUUUUCCCAGCCAGAAGAGUAUUUAUAGAUAGUGUUUGGCUCUUAUCCUCCGGCCCUCUGUCCUGGGGCUCGCACAGAGGAAGAUAAAUCGCAUGCGGGCGCAAUAAAGCCUCCGGGCUUCUGGCCACGUCUGCUCGCUCUCUGUGAGCCAAUCCCAGCGAGAGACACUCAUUAAUUAACCUUGUAUUUAGCUUGGCAGGUGCAGUCACAUAGCUAUUGAAGUACAGAGAGACUGGAGUAUGCAUACAAACUGAAACACAAUACGUAUGGACUAUUGAUAUGCGUUCGGUGCUUGAAAUAAAUGUAGACAAUCAAAUCCCUUCGGGAAAGUCUGUGAAAGUUAAAUACUGGCACUGCUUUUGAGUAACCAUGCCAGUGUGGCUUUGAACUGACAGAAAGCAAAUUUCAAACUUGCUUCAAGAAGCAAGAGCAAGACGUAAACUCGGAGAAGGCCGACAGGCUUUGAGUAACCGCGGCAGGGUCUGCAAACACCCUGACCGCAGGCACACAGCCGGUCCAGUGUGGACUCCUGAAAGCAAGUCCAGAGCUUCAGAACCUGGGGGAUAACAUGACCUUAAAUGGCACCUAGUUAAACAGAACAAGCCACUGUUGUGUUCUGGACUAAAGCCUCUCUUAAUAUACUCAGUCAUCUGUUUAAUUAUUCUGCGACCCGGAACCACCUCUCGGUCAGGGGUCUGGUGUUGACGCAAAGUCUGCCUUUCUGUUUUUUUUACUUUCGGAUUAAUCUCCGGCUUUGCUGUCUCAGAGAAAUCUCCCAGCCUGUUGCCAUGGGGUCAACAGCGCUCAAUCCUACUGGCUCAGAGGCUAAACGUUGGUGGAGUUUACUCUGAGAACAAAAGCUGCCUGGCUCUCCACCAAAAGUCCAAGUGCGGGCACGUAAGAAACAUACACACCAGCAAACGGCCUGUACCCUGACACGACAGAGCGUUUGUUUUGGCCUGGGAACUGAAGGCUCUCCCAGCCCUGGUGUUUUUAACAGUGUCCCCGACCACAUGUGCCGCUGUCACUCACAAAACGUUGACUGGAAAGGGGAGGAGUCAACAGUCUGAGGCAGGUCAGAGUACAUUCUGUACUGAACAAGGGGGAAAGAGGGAAGCCAUCUUGGGUCAGAGCCGAAUAAAGGCCUAAUACGCCCACGCCAAGGAGGAAGAGUCCUGUACCCCUGCUUGAAGCCCACAGCAAGGAGAGAGAGUCAUGUUCCCCUGCUUUAAGCCCACAGCAAGGAGAGAGAGUCAUGUUCCCCUGCUUUAAGCCCACAGCAAGGAGAGAGAGUCAUGUUCCCCUGCUUUAAGCCCACAGCAAGGAGGGAGAGUCCUGUUCCCCUCCUUUAAGCCCACAGCAAGGAGGGAGAGUCCUGUUCCCCUGCUUUAAGCCCACAGCAAGGAGGGAGAGUCCUGUUCCCUGCUUGUCCAGUCUGCUCUCUGCCUAAGGCAGAAGAUAAGAAAACUUGCUCCCGAGUGUUUCAGUCAAAACGCUCCCCCUGUUUUUGGGUGACUGUUGGAGAGAAAGGUUCCAAGGCUGCGGCUAUGAGCUGUCAGAUAACUGAUUGCUAUGCUGUUAAAAGUCUUCUGAUUGGUUAAUGUAGGUCAGUGAUCGACAUGUCUUGCUCAUUGUGGGGUUUAUACAGCUCUCUCCACCGUCACUAGCAAUGAAGAAUCAUUCCUGUUGCCUUUCUACCUACGGUAGACCUUUAUAAAAAGAGUGCAAAGUGUGGUCUCAAAAGGUUAAUGUCAUAUUGGCUCUCCUAAAAAGCAGAAAUUUGUAAUUACCUCUGGGGAGACCAGCUGAGGCUCCUGGUGCUAACGGCAAGUCCUGAGUGUGUUGUGUGUGUUUGGAUCAGUUUUCAUUUUUCUUGACAUUUCCACGAGACCGACGACCCUCCAAACGCUUUGACAUUGGUGAGACGACCAAUCACCGUCAGCCAUGGAGGUCCAUGUGACAUCGAUUAGUGGGUAACGUGGGCAAUUCGAUGAGUACAACACACUGAUCUAUUACACAGUAGGUAGAAACAUAGUCGGACUCGACGUCGAUCUUCCUUGUAACCGUGGACACGGGUUGACAAAUUGAUUGAGGGUACCUCCAAACCAUUCCAUGUUUUCAUUUUCCCUCCAUUAUCUCUGACCAAACAUGAGUCUACUAUGAGGAUUCUACUCUCGAGACGUGGACCAAUAAAGGAAGGAACCUCAAACGACUCCCAGCUGAAUUACUGCAGAAAUAAGUAUAGAUGUGAAAACGAUAACGCAUUAUCCAUGUGUGUGCAUCAUAUCACCUGCAAAUGUAUGCUGAGAUAUGUAAAUAUUUAAGUGUACAAUUACAAUUCAUAUCACCAAGUAGACACGGUAUGUUUCUGUACGUAUGAACAUGACUAUUGGACCGCUUGUUUUUUUGCCAUUACAUUCUGAAUAAAGUGCUUAUGAUGUAAGAGUUUAA